AUGGGCUCGGAUAUGUUCAAGGACGACAUACCCGCGUUAGGCCGUAACACCCGGCCGCCGGUCAAGUCAAUAGGGUUAAAACGACAUGAACCACGGUUCAGUUGUGCUUUGAGCAGCGCAGUGGAGGUAGCGGUUGGAGUCGAGAUGGGACCAUCGCGAAAAGUAGCGAUGGGUGGUGCCAGCAAGGCUCGUUACCGCGACGCUGCACCGCACCGCCUCGAGAGAAGCCGCGUACGCAAUCGCACCGUGCUUCCUGUUGUUUUGACCCUAAAAUAG